AUACCUUCUACGGCAUGAUUAGUCCAAGAUGCUGAACAACAAAGUUUGCUUUUUAGGCUCUGAGUUACUCCUCUUCCCCUAUUAUUUAAACCCCUCAUUGUCUCUCAAGUUUCACUCCCUACAAUUUCAUAGAGCUAGCUGCAAUCUGAAUCCAUCAGCAAUGUCCAAGCUUCAUCUUUCUUCAUUCCUCUCAUGUCUCAUCCUCCUUCCAACACUGUUCUUCCCUUACUCUCUUUGUGAUGUUGGUACUGCAGCCCGAUACAAAGCUCCUUAUUUACCGACGGCGUGUUUCGGUAAAGAUGCAUCGGAGUUCCCGUCCAACAACAUGUUUGGUUCGGCAGGGGAAGGUAUAUGGGACAAUGGCGCGGCCUGCGGGAGGCAGUAUCAGGUGAGGUGCAUCAGUGCUGCUGCUCCGAGGACGUGCGUUCCUGGGCAGAGCAUUCAGAUUAAGAUUGUUGAUCGGGCACAAUCCUCUGUUUCUAGGCCUUCUGCCAAGGACACUUCCAUGGUACUCUCCACCACCGCGUUCCAGGCCAUCGCGAAUGCUUCAGCAUCGUUGAUUAACAUUGAAUUCCAGCAGGUUUGAAAAUGUGAAUUAGCUCUAAGAUAGCAUUGUGCAAAUUAAAGGGAGGGAGGAGCCUGGCGUGUAUGUGAAGAUUAAGUUCUGUGAUGAUUAAUUGUUGCAUAUGCAUACAAUAUGUGGAUGAAUUUGCUUCAGUUUUGGUUAAAAUGAGUGUUUUUUGUUCUUUAAAUGGAUGGACAACUCUCUUCUUCUCGGGGCUUAAUUACCUGCAUUCUUUCUCAAUUGUAUUUGAUUAAUUAUAUAUGUGGAGAUUGUUGUAACUAUUUAUGUAGAAGGAAAUAGAAAGGUGUUUUUGUUUUGUGUC